CCGUCGCCACCCGCCGCUUUCGCGGCCUAUGCUUAGGUGCUGCUGCCGCCGCCGCCGCCACUGCCGCUUCCUGAGAACCGCUUCCCGACUCCAUGUUCCCGGCGUGGGGUUUGUACGGGGCGGCCCCCGGGGCUUACCCUCCCCCGCCCACCAUGAUGCCUCCGCCGCCAAUGGCCGGGCCUCCUCCGGCCAUGCCGCCGCCGGCUCUGGGCAGCUACGCGGCUUCAUCGGCGACUCCUGGUGCUGCUAUGGCCGCCGCCGGCACGUCCGGCUUUCUGAGCCUGCAGGAGCAGCACUUGGUCCAGUUGCAACAGCUCCAGCAAAUGCACCAGAAGCAGCUGCAGUCGGUGUUGCUGGGCGGGCCUCCCCCUCCACCCGGCGGGCCUCCCCCGAGCCUGCCGCCGCCCCUGCCCAGCGCCGCUCCCGCCGCUCCCUGGCAGCCGCCAUUGCCCCAAGGGCCGCCCUCCGCGCGCAGCUAUCAGAAGCCGUUCAAGCCCCGCGAGCCCUCGCCGCCGCCUCCUCCUCUCCCGCGGGACCCGCUUCUCCACAAUGCCCAGAGGCCUCCUCUGCCUCUCGGAGAGGAUGUCAAGGAGCCGCCUCGGGAUGAGUGGAAGCCCCUCGGCCCCACGGCCAGCCCUCGCGUGGCUAUGGACAUGGACCUGGCCUCUCCGCCACAGUCACCUGCCCAGUCGUACAUGCCCUCAGGACCCUCCCUUGAGACGGGCUCUUACAUGUCUCAGUCUCUGCCGCCACAGAAAUCCUCGUCGCAGCCCUACCAACCCCGUUCUCAGUUGCCUAAGGCACCACGCACCUUUUCGGAUCACCCUCCUCCAGCAGUUUCUCAGCCUUACCAGUCCCAGGCUUACCAACCCGCCCCCCAGACCUCAGCUUGCCAACCAGGCCAGCCCAUUACUCCAUCUGACUCACGCUUCGCCCCAUCCCAGAUUCCUCAGCCAGCUCUUGAACCUCAGGAGUUAAGACAGGGCAGUGGUACAGACAUAGAUAUUAGGUGUGAGCGACAGCAAGCCGCCCUACACGCAGACACCUCCACAAUGACCGCCCAGGAGCAGCAGCAAUUUUGGUAUCAACAGCAUCUGCUUACUCUGCAGCAAAGGGCAAAAGCACAUGCACUGGGACAGCAGCUGCCAUCAGGUCUAGGAGUGGUAAAUGAUACUCCUGAGCAGAGGCAAGAAGAAAGGGAAAUACCCAUUUCUGAUGUGCUUUCUGACCCCUCUUUGCUUUCUGAGCCCAAAUUACUGCAGCCCAAAGGUGAUGACCUUCCUUUGUCAUCUGUUGAGCCCAAGUUGAGCAUUGAACCACCAGAGGAUCCUGAGGAAAGUUUGAGAUUACAACAGCUACAGGCGGCAGCCACACAAUGGCAACAGCACCCGCAGCAGCGAGUGGGUUUCCAAUAUCAGAGAAUAAUGCAGCAGCAUGCACAGUUGCAACAAAUUCUACAACGCUACCAACAGAUCAUACAGACGCCACACUUGCCAACAAUGUCAGUGGAUAUGCAGCUACAGCAUUAUGAAACACAGAACAAACAGUUCCAGCCACUUUACAAGGAGUGGGAACGUGAAUUUCAGCAGUGGCAGGAUCAGAUUCAGGCCUACCCUCACAAAGACCAACUUCAUGAGUGUGAGAAACAGUGGAAAAUGUGGCAGGGACAGAUGAAAGUCACUCACACCCACCUUCAGGAGAAAGUGAAGUCUCUUCGGAACAUGAACAGUCAGUAUACUGGGAGUGUAACUUUGCCGCCUGCAUUUUCUGCAUAUUCUCAAACAGUACAAAGUGGUAUGUCCGUCGGGCAGUCUACUUUGCCCUCAGCUGCACUGCCUCCACCUUCCACUGGAUUCUCUUCUGGCCCACAAAUGUCUGAUAUGCCUAUUUCAAAAGAAUCUGGUCCUCAGAGCACCCAGAGCACUGAAACACCGAGGCCAAAUUUGUACCCUACUCCUGGUUCUUUUAAAGUUACUGAGUCACUUCCCACUCCCCAGGCUACGGAGAUGGCCAAGCAAGGUCUGCUUUCUACCCCUACCGCUGCUUCUUUUUCAUUUAAAGCAACUGAGUCUUCUACCACCUCACAGACCUCAGAGACAACCAGGCCACCUCCAUUUCCUUCUCCUGCCUCUUACUCAUUUAAAGAGUCACUUCCCACUCCCCAGGCUACGGAGAUGGCCAAGCAAGGUCUGCUUUCUACCCCUACCGCUGCUUCUUUUUCAUUUAAAGCAACUGAGUCUUCUACCACCUCACAGUCCUCAGAGACAACCAGGCCACCUCCAUUUCCUUCUCCUGCCUCUUACUCAUUUAAAGAGCCACUUCCCACUCCCCAGACUACGGAGAUAGCCAAGCAAGGUCUGCUUUCUACCCCUACUGCUGCUUCUUUUUCAUUUAAAGCAACUGAGUCUACCACCUCACAGGCCUCAGAGACAACCAGGCCACUUCCAUUUUCUUCUCCUGCCUCUUACUCAUUUAAAGAGUCACUUCCCACUCCCCAGACUACAGAGAUGGCCAAGCAAGGCCUGCUUCCUACCCCUACCGCUGCUUCUUUUUCAUUUAAAGCAACUGAGUCUCCUGCCACUUCCCAGAACAUGGAGGCAACCAGGCCACCUCUGCUUCCUACCCCUGCUUUUCCUUUUAAAGGUAAUGAUACAUCCAUCAUCACCCCGGCCAUGGAUAUUGUCAGGCCAGGCCUGCUUCCCACCCCUUCUUCUGCUUCUUCCUUUUCAUUUAAGGCUCCUGUUUCACCUGCCAUGACCCACGCUACAAUGGAUGCAACCAGGCCACAUCUUCUUCCCACCCCUGCUUCCUUUACUUUUAAAACUACUGAUACAUCUGCCACCGUGAAUUACCACUCAAAUGUGACAUCAUCUACUAGCACUUCAGACCAAGGCAGUUCUUAUGUGCCUCUGGGCAAACAGGCAAUGCCAUUUGGUUCUGUUUCAUCAGAACUAACUUCUGCUGAAGUAAAACCUCACUCUACAGUGUCCUCCUCAUCUGCAUCCACCACCAGCACCACUACUACCUAUCAGAGCAGACCAGGGAGGUCAGCCGGGUUUCCUGAUUCUGCCAGGGGACAGCGCCAUGAAGGUCCAAGGGUGUCAAGAUUUGAUGCACCACAAGGAAGAGACUUUGAUAAAUUUGAACCUGCAAGACAGCAAGGACCUAAUUUUCAAGGGCAACGUUUAGAAGGUCCAAGGUCAAGAUUUCAAAAUCAGCUUGUAGAUGGCUCUUCAGGCAAACAGGGGACAAUUCCCCGGGGCCCAGCAGCAGCAUUUUAUACUCCCUCAGGCUCUUCACAAAUGCAGGCUUCCCAAGCAAGUGGACCACGGUGGCGGGGGCCUAGGCCUCCUUUGGGACAACAGAACCAUCAGACAGAACAUAAUGAAUCUUUUACUGAUAUGAGCAAUAAUCAGACAGUGGCAAAUAAAUCUAAACCUAGACCAGAUACAAAGGUUACUGGUUCUGUUCAGCCAGGUACAGUCAUGUCUAAAGCACAGCAAAAUUCGUCCGGAAAAGAGGGCAGAGAAACAAUGUCAGAAACAAAGAAACCAAGCUCUGCGGAGACUGAACUGCAAACAGAAGAAUCAAGAAAACCUCCUCAUGCUUCGGAUGUUCUCCAUCAGACACCAGGUUCCAGUGUUCCAGGGGGGAAGAAAAUGUUACCACCAGCGCCAAUGGGAAAUAAAGAGUUGAAUUCUGCAGAAAACAAACUGACUUCUUCUGAAAAUAAUCAGAGCCAGGAGCCAUCUAAACUGGAAAGUCAGGAGAGGGGACAAAUCAAGCUGGGAGAUAACCAGGCCAAAGGGCCAGCAGGCAGGGGCAGGGGCAGGGGCCAGGGUAGAAUGGAAGACAAUAGAGGUAGGGGCCGAGGCCGAUUUGAUGAUGCCAGAGGAAGGGGAGUACCAAACAGAGGUAGAGGUCUGACCAGAGAUAUAGGUGGCAGAGAUGUAAACAGUGGGCCAGGAACCCACAACAGGAUGCCAGAGGGCCAGUCGGGCACUUGGGAAUCUGGGGUGGGUGGACAGUUGAGCAACCAGGAAAGGGCAUUGGGAAGGCAGUUGAGAAGCCAAGACACAGGGUUACCAGCUAGAGACAGGGAACCAGCUCCCCAGAUGGGCAGCAGAGAGAAAGGCCAUGCAGAGAGCCGGGAAAAGGGCUUAGGCAGGCAACCCAGUAGUCCAGAAAGGGGGCUGGACCGGCUGUCUAGUAACCGUGAAAGGGGACCAGGUUGGCAAGCUAGUAGCCGGGAGAGAGACCCAGUCAGAAGGCCUAGUAGCCGGGAGAGGGAUCUGCACAGACGUGACACAGGCCUUGGAGGUGGUAUGGAUAAUUUGCCUCCAUUCCAUGAAGAACCACCCAGGCCUCCAUGGUCUUACGAAGAGGCAGGCAUGGAAGAGGAGCACUCAUUUGAAUACCAAGAUAUUCCUCCUCUAGAGCGCAGACGAUUGGAGGAUUGGGAAAGAGACAGAUACUGGGUUGAGCGCGACCAGCGAUAUCAUGAUGAUCCUCUUGAUCCAUAUGAGAGAGAUGACUUGUUAGCACACCGUCAUCCAUUGCCACCUCUUUCACCUCUUCCCCCGCUACCUCCUUUACCUCCAAUAUCUGCUGAUCUUGAUAGACAAGAACCAUAUUGGGAUGACUGGGAAAGGCCAUUGGAGAGAGAGAGAGAACUAGACAGAGAUCUGGACAGGGUCCGAAGACCCUUGGAUGUGUAUGAUCGUGAUUUAGAAAGAGACUGGGACAGAGAUUACCUAAGACCACUGGGCGACAGAGAUAGGCUUAGUGAUCUGGACAUACCUCCUCUCCCACCUUUGCCACCCCUUCCUCCACUUCCUCCUAUAGACAGAUACCGUGACGAGCGAUGGCUGGAGGAGAGAGAGAGGGAUUUCUACAACAGGGAUUCCAGAGACCGGGGGGAACUCAGAAUUCGAGAGUAUCUAGAGAGACAUGACACAUGGAGGGAACCAUCUGAUUUCCCACCUGACAGGGGUGAUUGGGAAAGGGAAAGAUUUUCGGAUAGGUGGUAUCCAGAUGAAAUCGACAGAUUCCCACGUUUAGAUGAUCAUCUGGAUCCGCCACCUCUGCCACCACGCUCAUCUGAAUUGCUGGGAGACGAGCCAAAUUUGACCUCUGAGGGAGGUGUAAUGGUCCUUAGUCAAAGGCAACAUGAAAUAAUCCUGAAGGCUGCCCAAGAGCUAAAAAUGCUACGAGAACAGAAAGAACAUAUGAAGAAGAUGAAUGAAUUUGUUCCUAAACUGCCACCGCAGACACUUGCUAGGAAGGAUAACUUUCAGGCCUCUUCUGAAAUGCACGCUGAGAUACCAAUAGAGGAACAACCUACUCCAGCUGUAAUAGCAAAGCCACCCGUCCUGUUUCGGAAAGGUACGCCAACAGCCAAGCCAGGCACUGCAGUUGCAAAGCCAUCUGUCCCAGCGACAAGGCUGCCUGUUCCAGCCGCAAAGGGCCCCCUCCCAACACAGUCAAGUACUCCAAUUCCCAUUUCAACUACAGCAGCCGCUCAAGGUCCAGCUGCUAUGGUCAAAUCAUCACCUGCCAUGAGCCAAGAACGUUGGGAUGAGGAUUCUUUCCAGGGACUUUGGGAUAGCAGUGAAGAUAAAGGGUUAAAAUCAGAGAAUGACUUACCUGCGUCAGAUCUCUCAUUACCUUCAUCGACAAUCACAACUUCCUUUGGGUCAGGUAUAGCACAACUUUCCAAGCCACCAAUUAUACAUCAAACUGUUGACUAUGGGCAUAGACACGGCCAUGGGCAAGAUAUAACCAGUAGUAAAGGUGGACAAAUUCCUUAUGGGGAGCGUAUACCUCUGCGUCCAGAAGCUCCUCAUGAGAGGCAGCCCUUUUCAAAAGAACACCAAGGCCAACGGGAUCGAUAUAUCAAGGAAAGAGAUGCUUAUUUUGAGCGGCAGAAUAAUGCCAAUAUUGAUCACAGAGACUUUAGGAGAGAGAGAGAGUCAUACAGGGACCGUAUUUCUGGAGAACAUGAACGGGAAAGAUUUGACAAAGAACGCUAUCAACGAGAUGACAGCAGGCCAUCUCCUUCAAGAGCUCAGUCCUAUCGUGACAAAGACCAUUCAAACUCAAGACGGGGAGGGUUUGAAAGACAAUCAUAUGACAGAAAACCUGAUCGUCCACCUUAUGAUCAUGGGCCUCCGAUGUUUGGAGGUGACCGCAGAAAUUACCCUGAAGAAAGAAUGCCCAUUUCUGCUCCAUCAUUAACCCGACAACCACCACCUGCCCCUCGUGUAGAGAGGAAACCAGAAUCUAAAAAUGUGGAUGAUAUACUGAAACCACCUGGAAGGGAGAGUAGACCAGAGAGGAUUGUCAUUAUCAUGAGAGGAUUGCCAGGCAGUGGAAAGACUCAUGUUGCUAAGCUUAUCAGGGAUAAGGAAGUUGAAUGUGGAGGAGCUGCACCCAGAGUGCUCAGCCUGGACGACUAUUUUAUCACUGAAAUAGAGAAAGAAGAGAGAGACCCUGAUACAAAGAAAAGAGUUAAAAAGAAGAUUUUGGAGUAUGAAUAUGAAGCUGACAUGGAAGAAAUCUAUCGUGCCAGCUUAUUCAAAACUUUCAAAAAGACUUUGGAUGAUGGGUUUUUCCCCUUUAUCAUCCUUGAUGCCAUUAAUGACAGAGUACGCCAUUUUGAGCAAUUCUGGAGUGCUGCAAAAACAAAAGGUUUUGAGGUCUACCUAGCCGAAAUUACUGCAGACAACCAAACUUGUUGCAAGAGAAAUGUCCAUGGACGCAAGCUCAAGGAGAUCAGUAAGAUGGCUGAUCAUUGGGAAACGGCACCCCGUCAUAUGAUACGUUUAGACAUUCGCUCUUUGCUACAAGAUGCUGCUAUUGAAGAGGUGGAGAUGGAGGAUUUUGAUGCAAACAUUGAAGAUCAGAAAGAAGAAAACAAAAAAGAUGCAGAGGAAGAAGAGAGUGAACUGGGUUACAUUCCGAAAAGCAAAUGGGAGAUGGAUACUUCUGAAGCAAAACUAGACAAAUUGGAUGGCUUGCGAACCGGUGCUAAGAGAAGGCGUGAUUGGGAAGCAAUUGCCAGCAGAAUGGAAGAUUAUCUUCAGCUUCCAGAUGAUUAUGAUACCCGUGCUUCUGAACCUGGAAAGAAGAGGGUAAGGUGGGCAGACCUUGAAGAAAAAAAGGAUGCAGACAGAAAGAGGGCCAUUGGUUUUGUGGUGGGACAAACGGAUUGGGAGAAAAUCACCGAUGAAAGUGGUCAUUUUGCUGAGAAAGCCCUCAAGCGUACAAAGUACAUCUGAUGCAACAUGUCAAGUAGAAUUUUUCUACCUAUGAGGCAGUUUGCUUUGAUGAGAACUGAACACAAGGUGAUGUGGAACUUGUCAUUCGCCCUCUGGAGAGUUGUGCGGUUCUUUUCUUUUGAAACUUCAUUUUUUUGUGUUCUUCCCUAUUGCAUUCCUUGGAAUUCUACCUGGUGAUAUCCAGCACCCCCAAGUUAUAUGGAGCUUGCAUCUAAAUGUGAAAGGUUUUUGUGUUAAAAUUAGUAGUUCUAGCUUUUAUGCGUGCAGUAGAGUGGAAAGAUGAAGCCAUGGACAUUUUUUCUUCUGUACUGUCGCAGAAUGUCAGCAUUACAAUUGCAUUGUUGCUUUGUGGCUGUUAUUUUUUACUGUACAAACUUUGUAGUUUAUUGUACUAGAAAACAGAACAAUAAACUUUCACUACCAACCUAGUGAAUGACUUAGUCGACCAUAUAUUAUAUAGGCUGCUCUAUUUUGUGUGUGUGCGUUUGUGUGGUUUGCUUAAAAAGAUGAUCCCUUCAACUCUCUGCGGAAUGUUGGAGCCCUUGGUCAUUAACAUGCCAUGUUUCCUUAUAAACUUCCUGUUCAAAACAAUUUUAUUCUUCACACAAAAAAUUAAAUGUGCAUACUAACGCCAGAAAGCAUUAGUGUGUGCAUGGAGAUUAAAAGCCAUUUCAACUGUCCUAAGAAGAAGGCUUUAUUUUAUGUUGGAGAGAAAAUGAUUUGCCUCAAAGAGGAUGGUCAAGCAACUUAAUGUACAAUGUUCUCUCUGUCUUGUUACAUGCUCCGUUUUGCAUGCUUGCUAACAAACAAAUGCAAUGAACUGCUUUUGUCCUUUUCAAGUUCCAAUUCAGUGGAUUGUGUUAUGAAUUAUAAGGAUGGAGAAGGUGCCAAAUCGUUUGAAUGAGACCAUUGCUAUCUUAGUUUUCUUUUAGAAAAGGGUGGUGGUGGUGGUCUUGAAAGAUGCUUCAUUAACUCUUCUUAGCCAAUCAGUUUGUGAUUGCCUAGCAAAUUAUUUUUAUUCAUGGGUACAUUAGUAAUGAUGAGGGCAUUUUUUGCUGUAUUGAAGGAGGACCACUGUUUAGUAUUUAAUGAAUGGUUUAUUAUUGUAAUAUAUUUGUUUACUUGACAUUUUCUAGUCUGAUUAAUUAUGUAUAAUUUGGAAACUGUUCCCAGAAUGAACAAUAGAAUAUUUGGAUACAGUGCAGAAUGUUAAAUGGCUACAAAAGCUUAUUCAUAUGUAUACUUUCCUAUUUUGUUGCACUGUGACUUUUUAUUGUUUGGUAAGCUAUUUGUGGGCCUGCAUUUCACAGUAAUUACAAGGAGACAUGGGAAAUUAGAAGCUCUUGUGACCUUAUGAAGUUCAAGAGUUGCACUCUUUGUUUCUAAAUGAAACUCACAAUUUUGUGAGAAGACAAAGGGAAUAAUUACUGGAUCUUUCAGAUAAAGAUGCUCAGUAGAAUCUCAUGUUUGAACUCUGCAGAGGUGACUAAUUGAAUUGUGAGUUUUUAUGUAGUGAUGCCUUUCAUAUAUAAACCAACUUAUUUCCACAUGGUACUUAGUUAAGAUGGCUGUUGUGGCUUACUGCUCUUUUGCAGAAUGAAGUAGGGGAAAUGGAAGACCUAGGAUUCUCACUGCAUCUUCUUUAACUCAGGUCUGAAUCUUCCUGUCAUACUAGUGUAUCUGGAUGUAAGUAAUUGUACUGUACUUUAAUUGCUGGUUUACCAUCAUUUUCAGUCACAACUUUGGUGCCUUUUGAUACUACCAAGCAUCAUACUAUAGUCUGGUACAUUAUGUGGAGUCAUUUAUAUAUUUGUGGUUGCAAUUCUUCUACAGUGGUACCUCGGGUUACAGACGCUUCAGGUUACAGACUCCGCUAACCCAGAAAUAGUACCUCGGGUUAAGAACUUUGCUUCAGGAUGAGAACAGAAAUCGUGCGGUGUCGGCGCGGCGUCAGCGGGAAGGCCCCAUUAGCUAAAGUGGUACCUCAGGUUAAGAACAGUUUCAGGUUAAGAACAGAUCUCCGGAACGAAUUAAAUUCUUAACCCAAGGUACCACUGUAUUCCUGUUCUAUGUGUUCAUUCACCUUUCCCUGACUCCUAUGGUUUGAUAGCACCACCUAUGGACAACUUGCCACACAUAUAAUAUGUAGCAAUUGUUUGCAUCUGUAUCUCAAGCGAGAUAGUGGAGUGCACCCCUGAGGGCGAAGUCAAACUGCUGCAUUAGCAGCACAAAAGUGACCCCUCCAGGGCACAAGCGUGGGCAGCAUGUAUGGAGGUCCUGGACUGCCAAGACACAAGACUCCCCUCUCGGCCUCAUUUAUGUGGUCCAAAUGAAAGCAGAGCAGUAGUUUGGCACCAGCUUGGCUGCAGGAGUUGCCGGAAAGAGACAUACAAGAUGCCAUCCUGAUGUCUCCAGAUUUGUGUAGGGUUUCCUCCUUAGACUUUUCUUCUCCCGAAGAUAUCCCGCAAGGCAGCUGGUGUUUAGGUGUUUAUUUCCUCCCAGAUGUGCUACGUUCUCAGAUUGACAAGCCCCCUCUACAUCACAUACAGAACCCACCUUCUUGACCAUUGGUCUCACUAUUGGUCUUGUCCACUCAAUUCACUGGAGCCUGUCUUCGCAUGCAGGAGAAGUCCCUAACUCACCGAGGGUUUGAAACUCAUCAGCUAUCCUCACCUGGUUUAGCUGGCCAGUCAAAGCCAUUUCCAGGUGCAGCCGCUGGCUUGUGCUGACAGCUUCUAGGAGCCACAGGUGACAGCUGAAUGCAAGGUGGGGACCAAGGAUGGACAAACUACCCCAGAUGGAGCAUGAUGUCGUCAUCCCCAGGUCCUACCCCUCCCCUAACACCCCAUACACCCCCUUUUGCAAGAAGGGAGAGAUGGCAAGAGGGCGAAGAAAGAGAUGAACAAUUGGAAUAGUAUUUACUUGAACCAAUAUGACUGGAAGUAUGUAAUGGAUAUUCCAAUGGACCAACAAGGGUGACACCUAUUUUUUCAUAGUUUUCUUUUUCCUUUUACUUUCUUUGAGACUCCAUGGAAUGCCUCAGUGUUCUGCCUCUGAAGAACAGUUGUGGACAGACCACGUGGGAGACCUAUUGCCUUGGCUUUAUUUUUCAGCAUGUAUGGUCCUGCCUUUCUAACAAUGAUUAAGAGCGGUUAACCGGGGUCGUGUCUCUGCUCCUCCACAUGCAGCUGCUGGGUUACCUUGGGCUAGUCACACUUCCCUGAAGUCUCUCAGCCCCACUCACCUCACAGAGUGUUUGUUGUGGGGGAGGAAGGGAAAGGAGAAUGUUAGCCGCUUUGAGACUCCUUCGGGUAGUGAUAAAGCGGGAUAUCAAAUCCAAACUCCUCCUCCUCUUCUUUCAAGACAACUUAUAGUCAGAAAAAAUGAUGAAAUAAAUAAAACCAUGACAGUCUUUAAAAUGGAUUAAAAGGGCAUUGACAGGAUGAAAUAAUAUGAGGGAAAUAAUCUACAAAAGCUUGUUGAAAUAAAACAAUCUUCGCUGUCUAACUAAAAGCAGAAGAGGGGUGAGGCAGCUGUCCCUUGGGAAGCUCUUCUGAUCUUGGGCAAAUGAAAAGGCUGCCUUGAAUACCCACCCAUCAUUAGACCCAUGUACUUCAAUAGGACCCGUACAUGUAGGUCAUUGAUGACUAUUUGAAUAGUACCAAAAAAAUAAUAAACUAAUGAAUUACUGUGGGCUGUCCCCUGUGUCCGCUAGAUGUUAUCACAGGAGACCAUUGUCGCAGAAGAGCGAGGGACAUUCUCAGGGAUGCUCACACCCUGGCCAGCACCUUUUAAAUCUCCUGCCCUCGGGUAGGAGAUAUAGAAGCAUGAUAAGCUGCACCAACAGGUUAAAGAACUGUUUCUACCCAUGGGCUGUGAGGCUGCUGAAUGGAAGAUAGCAACAUUGCAGCUGACGUUCAAGGUUGGUGGUCAUAUGACAGCACACAAUGUAACAAGGACCAAGAGAUUGUGGGGGGAGGGGGGUUCGUUUAAUAUCACUGUAAACAAGUGGUACAGUGAUAAUAAAGUAUUUCUAUUCUAUAAUUAUAAAAGUAAUUUCUGGAGGCUUUCAUUCCACAUGUUCGACAUGAUCAAAGUGAAUUAAAUAUUCAGCUUCUGAAUAAUAUCUGUCAACUUUGUAGAAUUGUAGUUGAAAAACGGUAGGUAUUAAAUAAUGUAUGCAAUAUUCUUCGUAUAAAUGGCACAUUGUUUGCCCUCACUAAGAGCAAUUUACAUCAUUUUACUAUCAGCUUAGUAUUAAAAGUUAGUGGACUCCUUGAUCUUUGAGCUUGGAAUGAGGUGUUUUUGAGAAAUGCUGAAUACUUCCUGUAUCUACCUGGCUUCCUAAAAUGGGUAGUGUGGGAAAAUGUUGUCAAUACUAUAAUUCACUGGUACACUUCUCCUCCUGAGCAGGAGGGUGGAAUGCUUUGAUCAAUGAUUUGGUACAUACCACUUGAGUACCAUUGUUGUUGUUGUUAUGGUCCCAUCCGGUUUCUCUACUUGCUAACGUAACAGUUGCAUUCUGCACCACCUGGUGCCCCCGGGCCAUCAAGUACCGGUGGCGACCAUUUCUCAUGGGAGUUCCGUUCCUGGCCCUUGUGCAUCCUGGCAGAGUGUCUAUAAACAUGUCCUGCCCCCAUUCCGCCUUCUCUUGGGUCCAAAAGAACCUGCGUGUGAAUGAUCGCGCGUCAGUGGAACACACCAAAAAUGGUCACCACCUGUACUCCAAGGAGGAUACUAGAGCAUGGACCACAAAGGGCAGGCUAUCCCAGCCCAGGAACUGCUAAAGCCAGCAAACCAGCCUAAGUUGGGCAUCAGCGCUCCUAGCCACAGAAACCAGUUGAGACUUCAGUGACAAGUUGGGAGCUAGGAGCACUCCCAGGCUACAAACCUGAUGUUUCAGAGGGAGUGCACCAUCUCCCAGAAAAAAGGUAUACACCUAAUUCUUACCAGGACUCAGCCUAAGUUUUAUUGGCUCUCAUCCAGUCCAUCACUGCUCCAGACACCUGUCCAGUGAUUUCACAGCCUCUCCCGAUUCUGACAAAUGGUUUUUGCAAUACAGAGAUGGAUACACCAGUAUCCUUGCACACAAAAAUCCAACAUUUCCCUCACUUGACCAAAGUGCCUUUCACAUUCAAUUUGUUUUAAUCUGUCAGAAAAGUUGGUUUUAUUUCAGUUUUUAAGCAUGAGCGCUCCUAUCGAUUUGCACUAACACAACCCCAACACCCUUCUCUUUCUCUCAUGUUACUUUUUCUAGUUCUUUUUUCUCUCUACUAUAUUUUCAUUAGUUUGGGGGUUGUAGUUUUAUAAUUGUGGGAGUCGUGGGCCGCCAGAGUGUAUGUGAUAGGGUAAUAUACAUUGACUGCUGUGUAAAUUUACAAAUCUUUCUAAAGAUUUUACAGUUACUGUACUUACCUGGGGCUGGAGAAGGCACACUGCAACUUCUUCCCCUUACAUUUUCUCACUUGUCAUGCUGGUUCCACCCUUCACCUUCUUACCAACUACUUUUAAGUGUGUAUAUUUGGUUACUGUUUACUUCACUCUUGAUUGUGCUGCCUUCUGCAGCAUAGGACCUUAAUCCAAAAUUUGGUGUGACCAUCAUCCAGCUACACAAAUGGUACCUCCAUAGGAACAGUGCGAGCAGUACUCAAAUUCUUGUGCUAGCACAAUGAGAUUUCUUCCCUCCCUCCCGCUGCGCAUGCCAUGCCCUGCCCUGUCCACAAAUCUCCAAAGUGUUUGGGGAACCUCCAGAACAGAUUUAGGAGGUGCACAGAAGGACAGGAGGAACUCCCAUUAUUCAAGGAGGAAUCCUUGAACCGAUCGGAUGUUAACCUUAGUUCUCUGUUGAAUACAAUCCUGUAUCACUUAUUACCAGACUCUGUGACUGAUAGCAGGAGAAGACAAGGAUGACCCUCAUACCGAGGAUGAGGAUGAUUUCGCCAUACAUUGACUUCACUGUAUAUGAUACUUUGACACACAUUGAUACUAACCAUGGGAGUCCAUGAUCAAAUGCAUCUAUAAUAACCAUGGCAGCUUGCAUUCUUUGGGAACCGCUCUUUCAAAAAAAGACAAUAUUAUGUUUACAAAUCACAUUUCAUGGAAUGAGCAGUCAUUAGGAUUGCCUUAGGCUGAAUUGUGACAUUUGAUAGCUGCAGUAGUGAACUCUGCCGAUGUCGUCCAAGUUGUGUUUUAUUUCUUUCAGUAAACAAGUGCUCCAUUAUAGUUGAAUGGAUCUUCAUUAAAUCUAAUUGACAGGAAGGUUACACCUGUUAUAUAGCAUAGGAGAUCUAUUAAUUUCAAUUAAAAUAUAUAAUAGUGCAGAUAAAUCCUGCUGCUAUGUUAUGAAUGGAGCUACAAAAUAAAUACUUUAUAUUGUUUAAUGGG